GUUCUACCUGCGCGCGCAAUUUUAAAAUCAUUAAAAAUGGAUUAGCUUCUUCCAGCGUAAAAUAAUAAACAUUUCUCGUAAUCUACAUAUGCAGGUAAAUGACGAAAUUUUAACUUUUGCCAUAAUCUUCGCGGGAUUUAUCAAUAUUUCAUGGGCUCAUGCACAUAUAAAUGUGUUCAGAAUAUAGUUUAUGAAUUUAGUAACAAGCUAACACCGUUCAGAAAUAGAAAUAAUUUAAAGAACACUCUUCAACUUGAGAAAUGGCAAACAGUGAAACUAGCCAAGUAAUGCAACGCUUCUACAAUUUGAAACUUGUUGAAACUCCACGACCGUCAAAGCGAGAGCAAGGAAGACGAGAAUGCUACUCAGAAGAAAUCCUCAAGAAAUCCCAGGUGCCUGCAACUCCCUGCGCUGGAAGUGCUACGUUUUUAACGGAACUGAAGAAACGACGAAAGACCAAAAUGAAACGUACCUAUAACUAUGAGAUGGACCAGCAUUUCAUUAAAGCUAGAAAGUCACUUAAUUUUUAG